AUGGUAGAAUUGCUUGCAGAGAACCAUUUAUGGAGCAAAAUUUUAUCAUUAGAUAAUGGAAAUGUUGUAGAUAUACCUGAGUUACAGGUAUUGGUUCAAUCAAACACUUUCCCAAGUAUUUCAGAAUCUGAAAUCUCUCAGUUUUCAAAAGGAUUCAGUACAAUCGGGUCAGGCGUUGCUGCAAUUAAGAAUUUAGAUUAUCCAUUUGUAUUUAAGCCAGAAAUACUACAGCAGAUGAUGAAAUAUUCUGAUAUAGAAGUUAUUGCACCAGAUUUUGUUAUUUCGUACUUUCUAAAUUCAUAUAUAGCAUGGUCUAUUGGGUUUUUGGAAGGCAAGUAUAUUACAGAAUUCUAUAUUUUACUUGAUGCCUUAAAUUUUCUCAUUGAAUCCAAGAAUGAACACAUUAUUUCACAUGCAAAACACUUAGCAUCAUCAGCAUUUUACCAUGCUUUCACGCAUUUCGCCAACGAAUCGCCUACUUCUGAUUUUACAAAAUUAAUUUCUCCAAUUCGUGACUUUUACAUCGCAAACACCGAUCUUACAGAGAGUUCAUAUGAUCUUAUUAUCAAACUUGCUGCAAUUUUGAUAUCUCCUUCAGAUACAAAAUUAAAUAUUCAAGCUGCUGAAUAUCUCUCAGGUAUUGCAAGUAUGAUUGAGUCCAAUCCAAAUUUCCCGGGUUCUAUUAUCCUUAGCAUCCAAUUACUCAUUGAAAAGUCCCUUCUUUUCCUAGAUAAAUCAAGUUUAAGUUUUCAUCUGAGAUUUAGCGAAUCUCUGAACACAAUGGCUCUCAUGGAAUCUCUUGAGAAGUUUUCGGAUAAUAUCGAUCAGUUGUUCAACUCCAGCACCGAAAAAAUGGAAAUUCCGCCUCCUCUUCCAGAUAUAAUUGCAAAUGUCCCUGCAACAGAGAGUUUUACAAAACUUGAGUGGGUUUCCCAUCUCACUUUUGAAAGCGAAAUGACAUUACCGGAGUUUCCUUCAAAUUUAUUGACAAAUAAAAAAUGUAUCGAUAUUAUAUACCAAGACUUCGGAGAAAGGCUACUAAUGAUCUCAGAACUGGUCAUUGCUGAUCCUGUUAUAUCCAAAAACUUCAUGGCAGCUUGGGUUAACAGAAUUUGUGGAUCAAAUCGUCCUUACAAGUACUACGAUACACUUGCGGCCUUCGUAAUACUUAUAGAAACUACAAAACUCGAAAUAGACUACGCUCCGUCCAUUACUUCUCUAUUUCUUUCCCCGAUAUUUGAUGAUCGCGUUUCAAUCUUCUACAACUCGGAAUUAUCACAACAGGUCAACGUAAUUAGACAAAAUGUCAUUGAUUUCUACCUCGAACUCCCCAAUUAUUUGGAAUUAUUGUACUCAACUUUGCUAAUUUUGGUUCCGCACCCUCUUUGUUUCGCGGAAUUCAUUUAUACGUUGAUGUCCGAGAAGAAUUUCCACAAAAUACCAAGAUCUUUCGCAAAUAAAAUUUUGCGAUUAUAUUAUUUGUACCAAAACGUUGAAGAUCUCAAUAUUGAGCAGCUUCGUCGUGUAAAUAUUGCAAGGGCAUCAUUAUUGUUCGCAAUUAACGAGUAUUUGUCGAAACCCGGAUAUGAAGAAUUAAUUUCGGAUUUAGAAUUCGUUACAAACUUCAGAGCCCUUGUUUAUGAAGACCCUGUUCGAUGGUUCGCCCUUAAAUACUUGUUUAUGUACAAAGACAACUCAAUGGUCAGUUUAUGCAUAAAUGAGCUUUUCGCCUGUUUCUUUUCGGUCUCUCCACAGCUUCCAAUGAACAGAAUGGUCAUAGAUAUCCUGGAUUUCUGGUUUAAACUCGAACAAACCGACAAAAAGAAUUUAUAUUGUUUGCAUAUUCAUUUGUUGAUCAAAUGGAUCAAAGAAAUACCUUUAUCACAAUAUUCCAAUCAAUAUAUCUUGAAAUCUUUGGAUAUAAUAAGAAAUUCUGUUGACGGAAAAAUUAAAAAACAAUUAAGAAACGAAAUCUAUGAAAUUGUCACAGAAAAGUUCCAAAACUAUGAUGAUGACCUCUGUAUAACUUUGUUUUCAUUUGUUGCUUCCGAAAAAAUUGGGAAAAAUAAUUUAAUUUUUAAUUUCAGAAAUCCGAAGUUUCUUCAUACGAUGUUAAAGAUAUUUAGCACAGGAAAUGUUAGUUUGUUCCUAGAUAUCCUUCAAAAGAACCUGUUCGAGAGCCAAAUCAAAAGAUUAGAAUGUAGAGAUUCAAAAUUUGACAUCGAAUUAGUUGAUACACUUUUAAAUUGGAUUGAUAAUAAUUCACAUACGAAAGAAGAUGUAAUAAUGAUAUUAAAUACAAUAGAACUCAUUACAUCAGGUGGUUGUUCAUCAGCAUUUGUUUAUAAGUUUAUUUCAACACUAUGUCCGAAAGAAGGAAAAUUUAGAGCUCCUUAUUUUGACACAAUUUUCACUUUUUUUGAAAAUCUUGUCAAUAAAUAUUCAUUUGAACCUGGUGCUUAUGUUCCUGUUACUUACAAGACAAUCUCAUCAUGUUUUGGAUUCGAUAACAAGAUGAUAACUGAUGGAUUUACUGUUGCUUUCUGGUUGUACAUCGAAGACAAAGGAAAUAUGGAUUUCAGAAUUUUGACAAUGACAGAUAUGUCUGCUGAUAAAAUAGAAAUUAGUGUUUCUGGUCAAAUAAUGAGAGUUGAGUUCAAAAAAUCAAAAUUCGUUAUUGACCAAAAAUUUGAUUUGUUGCAUUGGUGCCAUUGCGCAUUUGUCUUCAAAAAUAAUAUGAUUAAUUUUUAUUUUAACGGUCAAAAACAUUCUGAAUCUGUUUUUAACUUGGAAAACAUUUACGGAGGUGUUGAUUUGAUUUGGUCAAAUCCGCCUUUCGAAGCUGAUCUCUGUGAUAACGCUGCAAGAUUAGGCCAAGUCGGUUUCUACUCUGAAUUGUCGCCAUCAGAAAUUUCUGAUAUUUACAAUAAUGGUGCAAGAGUUAUCGUAAAAAGUGACAAAAGUUAUUUGAUAGGUUUACCUCACAUUUCUAAAAAUAACACUCUCAAAAUGAAAUUCGUGAAAAGAGAGAACUUGGAUGCAAAAUUCGUUGAAACUCCUCCAACUUUUAAUAACGGUUUAAUUCAAACUUUGAAAAGUGUCAACGGUUUGACAGUUUUAAUUCCAUUAUUGAAAUAUUCCAGAUUAGAAAAUGACGACUAUUUCGACAGGGUUAUUUCAUUAAUUUUCAAGUUAAUUAACUCAGGAAGAGAAUAUGAACGUGAAUUUGAAAAUGAUUUUGGAUUCGGCCAAAUAUCGGCGGUUUUAAUGUCAGAAAAAACUUUAUCAUUUGAUUUAUAUCAGAAAUUUGAUUUUGUCAGCCAAAAACUAUUGAGUCCGAAAUUGAUUUCCAAUUUGAAUGAAAGUAUUUUGUUUAAUUUAGAUUUGUGGUUUAAAUGCAGUUCAGAAGAUUUGUUGAAAAUCGUCAAUCUUUGGUUUGACAAGAAAAUGAAAGUUCCUCUUUCUGAAUUAAUUCUUUCCUUAAGAUCAUAUUUCUAUGAACAAGAUGUUGAAAAGGAAUAUCUCAAAUUCCCUGAAAUAAAAAGAGAUGAAAAUUAUUUGGAAGCAAGAAAAAUUAUUCUUAAAAUGAUAAAGAAAAGAGCAGUAAGAAAUGUAAAUAAUGUACAAUUGCAGCAAAUGGUAGGAAUAGCUUUGACGUCGUAUGAUAAACAGAAUGCUGUAGAAAUGGUAAGUGUCUUGAAAAUGAUUGUUAUGCAAGUUGUUGAAAAAGCAAAUGUGACAAUUUUUUCAUGUAUUUCCAAUUUACAAUAUUUAAUUGGUUGUGGAAAUGAAAAGCUCGAAUUUAAUAUUAUAGAGAUCUUCUGUCAUGCACAUGAGAUGAACAUGAUGCAAACAAUUGAUCCUUACAUGCAUUUCACUGUUAUUGCUUUGGAAUUAAAACCAAAUUAUGGUUCUCAAAGUUUGACAGAAAAAAUUUUGUCUUUGAAUGAUAUUAACACUAUUCCUUUGUUAUUUGUAUUGGCGCAUAACAGUAACUGUUUGGAAAUGCUGUUUAAUAGAUUAGAUAUCAAACAAAAACAUAUGCCCCAUUGCUGGUAUUUUGUUUUAAUUUUAGUUUUGUGCAGAGAAAAGAAUUUGAAUGUUUUGAAAGAAGGAGCGAAAUUUUUAUUGAAAUACAUAAGGAAAUAUCAAGUUUUAUUGAAUGAUAUUGAUACUAUUGGACAGAUAUUUGGGGGACAUGAGUUAUUCAUGAACCAGAUAUUGUUGAUUUUGACUGAAAAAGGUGUUGACAAAGAAUUGAAUCAAACAAUUGUAAAUGUCUUCAAAAACAGUUUUCUAAGUAAGCCAAGUUGCGGAUUAUCUUCUGAAUUACAAGAAUUGAUGGAAGAAACUUAUGGAAAAGAAACAGAUGAACUUGAAAACGAUUUUUGCAGCUUUGAUCACGCAAAUCAAAUCAGAAUGAAAUGUUCAAUGUCAAACAGACAAGGAAAAAUCAGAAAAACACAAAACUUAAUGGCAUUGAGCUUUAAUUCAUGGUUACAACCAUUUGUAACUAAACAAACUGAUUUGUAUUUCGAUAAUAUAAUUAAAAACUCUUACAAACCUUUGAAAAAUAAAAUUUUUGGUUUGUAUGUCAGUUUUGAAGGAAAAUUCAUUUCCAGAGAAGUUUUCGGAAGAAUUUCUAAGUCAUUACCUUAUUUGAAUGAUGUUUUCUCAAGUAAUUUCCAGCAGAAAUCGAAGAAAGAACAACAAGAAAAAUUCUUUGAAGUUGCACAAAAAAUUAAUUUUGAAGUAAAUCCAAACGAAAGAAUCAAAGAAUAUAUUGAGAAAAUUGUUAAUGCAUCACAAGUAAUCAGUAAAAGCCUGACACCAACAGAAGAUCCUGGUUUGUUCUCUGCAAGAAAUUGUAUCAAAUUCAUGGAUCAAAUCAAAAGAGAUCAAUAUGAAUGUGAAACAAUUUAUAAACGACAAUUUAAUUUGUUUACUGUUGAUUCUGCUCCAUGGGCAAGAGCUGUUUUGAGUCAGGAUGGAAAGUACAGAUAUAAGAGAGAUUCUGUUUUAUGUCAUGGUUUGAUUCCAGUGAGAAUGCGUAAAAAUUAUAGAUUUGAUAAUCACGAAAGCGCGAAAUAUAAAUAUGAAUCAGCAAAAGCGCAAAAACAAGUGAAAUUAGAUGGUGGAAAAGUACUUAAAAAGAAAACAGCUGGAUUUGAUUCUCAAGAAUGGGAAUGUGAAGUUAUUUCAUUAACAAAAACACAAUUAGCUUUGUUGUCUAUUAUUGAUGACUCCAUUUCUAUUCAGAGAAAUGAUUUACCAGUAAAAGUCAUCAGAUUCCAAUCAAUUCAUUCUCUUUUGCUCAAAACAUGGUCGCAAAAACCAACAGCAAUUGAGAUAAUCCAUGUUGAUGGAAGUUCUUAUUUCAUUAACUUCUUGAAUAUUAAUGCAAUUGACUUUUUAACUGAAAUUGAACCAGCGAAAUUGUCAUCAGCAAAAAUCGUGAUGCAAAAAGAUUUCAUGAGUUUCAUUGCUGAUUCCAAUUUCACGAAAAAUUGGCUUAAUCAUACAAUCUCCAAUUUCGAGUAUUUGCUUUUCUUGAAUUUCCUUUCUGGAAGAACAUUUUCCAGUCUUUGUUUGUAUCCUUUCAUGCCAUGGGUUUUGAAGAACUACAAUUGCGAAUUGGAUAUCAAAGACACUUCUAUUUUCAGAGAUUUCUCGAGACCAAUAGGAAACCAAGAACCAGAAAAAGAUGCAAAACUCGAUGAAGAUUUCAACAGAUUGAAAUCAUUUGGAAUUACUCCCUAUCAUUACAACUACGCGCCAAUUCAUCCGAGAAUUGUUUGCAACUGGAUGGUGAGAAUGGAACCAUUCACAACUAUCCACAUUACUCAAGGAUCAAACACUUUCGAUGAGCCACAGAAUAUUUUCGAUUCGAUUGUGAAAGCGAGAAAAGGAAAUGAUUUCCACGAAUGUAUCCCUGAAUUCUAUUUCUCGCCUGAAUUCCUCAAGAACGAAAACAAUUUCGAUUUCGGACAAGUGAACGGAGAAAAAAUUUCCGAUGUUGAAUUGCCGAAAUGGUCAACAAGUCCAUUCGAUUUUAUCUACAAACACAGGAGAUUACUCGAGUGCAAUUACGUCAGACAACACUUGAAUGAAUGGAUUGAUUUGAUAUUCGGAUACAAACAAAAAGGAGAAGCAGCAAUUCUCGCUAGAAAUGUUUAUCUUCCUGAGAUGUAUCCGGAAAUUUGGAACAAUGGAAAUGCAAAUAAAGAGCAGAUUGAAUUAAUACAUCAAACUGUUGGUCAAAUGCCUCAACAAUUGUUUGUUACUCCUCAUCCUUCUGCAACAAUAAAGCCCUUGAAAGUUCACGAAGAAAACUGGGAAUACCAGUUGAGUGAAACAAGAAUCGUAAUGGGUCACUUGAAUUCCGUGAGAAACUUGGUUUUGGCUUCUUUCGUCAACACGAAAAAAACAGGAAGAACGUUCAGAACUAAAGCCUUUUCACAUGAAAAAGAAGAUUACAAUCUUGCUGAUUUCUCUUUUAACAUCAAUUUCCCUGAAAUCUGGUGUUAUCAUCCUCAAGGAUAUUUGUAUUGUUCUGAUGCUGUUACUGUUAAUUUGUUCCAAGUAAAGAAACAAAGAGUUGAACAAUGUUUUGUUCACAACUCUCCAAUUACUGCAAUGCACUGCGACACUUAUAAUGUUGUCAUUUCUGAUGCAGACUCUUGUGUUUUAGUCUUCAAAUCUUCUUACAUGAAAGAGCCAAGAGUAACAAUCAAAUGCUAUAGAUCUGCAAUAAGAAGUGUCUUCAUUCAGUCCUCUGUUUAUGCAGUAAAUGCUGUGAUGAAAGAUGGAAAUUUGGUUCAAAUAAACACAUCAACAAAAAUUGUUCACAGUGUUCAUAAAGUUGAAAACAACAAAGUAAUCACUUGUAUUACUCCAAUUUGGGGUUUAUCAAUUGUUUGCGAGUCAAAGGAUAUUCUGAUUUUCGAUGUAAAUGGAGAGUACUUGAAGAAAGUUCCAAUAGAAAAAAGAAUUAUAUGUUUGGCGUCCGCGAGAACUCCUGAUUUCUUUGACGUAAUUGUGGCUGUUGAUGAAGAUUUUAAUGUUUGGGCUUUCGAUGCUUAUUUUCCAGAACAUAAAGUUUUGGCAGCAAAAAUCCACUCGAAACCAAUUCAAAUUGCCAUUUCAACAGAAGAAGUUUUCUUCACUAUCCUUUGUGAGGAUGGCUACAUAAGAAGCUUCCCAUUGCCUCCAAAAGCAUUUUAUCCUGAUGGAGUUUUCGAUGUUGAACCAUAA